AUGAUUCGCGGGCUUGGCAUAGACGCCUUCGCCAUCCCCAAGGCGCACACCGGCGAGCGUCCCAACACCGUGGACAUCAUUGCCGACGGCACCGUAUCAGCAGUCGUGAACACCAUCGAGGGCGACCGCGAAUCCCUUGAAGACGGCUUCGAGAUUCGCCGCGCAGCCGUUGACCAGCGCAUCCCCUGCUUCACAUCCCUGGACACCGCCCGCGCAGCCGUAGAAAGCCUCAUAGGAGGCGCCGCCAACUACAACAUCAAGCCCCUGCCAGAAUAUCGGAAGCAAUCUUAA